GCCCUGGAACACGUGUGCAACAUGGCGGCUCCCGUAAGGACCUUAUGCUGUUCAGUGUUGAGACAGUCCAGUAAACAGUUUAGUACAACAUGUGGAGUUCAAGCUGGACAGAAGUGGAGGAAGGAACACGGACUUUCCCGAACUGGCUCAGAAUAUGGACCUCUGACAGAUUUGCCUGAUUGGUCCUUUGCAGAUGGACGACCAGCUCCUCCGCUAAAGGGCCAUCUGAGACGAAGGCAGGAGAGAGAAGCUCUAGCUCGACGGAUUGUGAUGCUGAGCUCAGAGGUGGACAAAGGAAUAGAGACCUGGAAGGAGAAGCAGGAAGAGGCCAAACGAUUAGAGGAGCACAAAAAGUCUCUUCUACUCAAACCCAAAGGGAAGCUGUUAAUGAAGAAGCCAUUUCAGAAUUAGAAACAGACACCUUUCCUGUUUUCUUUCUCUUUUAAUACUUAAUACUGUUCAGAAUUAUGGGAGAGCUAGAGUUCGAUUGUUUUGCCCCUGUGCAAGAGCAUAACAGGUUAUUGCUGAAAACAUACCGUCAUAUACCUGUUGAAGUCAUUGUUUUCCCUUGCUUUAUACAUUUUCUUCAAUAAUGUAAUAAAUAUUGUUUAUAGUUCA